AGCUUCUGUGUUGGAAACCAUUCUCAUCUCUUCUCCUUUUCCAUCUCAUCCCUUUACCUACAUCACAUAAUUGCAGAAAUGGCACCCUCACCGCGGGUACUUAUCAUUGGCGCUGGCAUCGUCGGCGUCAAUGUUGCUGAUGAGCUGGUCUCUCGCGGCUGGACCGACAUCACGGUUCUUGACCAGGGACCUCUGGACAUGCCUGGUGGUUCAACCUCUCACGCUCCUGGUCUUGUAUUCCAGACCAACACAUCAAAAACUCUCACCAAGAUGGCUUCAUAUACAGUUGAGAAGCUACUAUCACUAGACUGCUUCAACCAAGUCGGUGGUUUAGAAAUCGCUACUACUCCUGCGCGACUGGAGGAGCUCAAGCGAAAAAGGGGAUAUGCUUAUUCUUGGGGCGUAGAGGCGAAUCUCAUCAGCCCUGAGAAGUGCCUUGAGUUGUACCCCUUGUUGGAUAAGAGCAAGGUCCUUGGUGGACUUCAUAUUCCUACUGAUGGCCUUGCACUGGCUCGUCCUGCUCAAGCGAAGCUUAUUGAGCGAACACGAGCGGCUGGUGUCAAGUAUCACGGAUCUACGGUGGUUACAUCCAUUGACCACUCCGAUGGCCACGUCUCAGCCGUCGUCACAAAGAAUGGAACUUUCGAGGCUGAUAUCAUCAUCUCGUGCGCUGGAUUCUGGGGUGUUGAGAUUGGAGCCAUGGUUGGCUUGCCUGUUCCCCUGACACCAAUGGCUCAUCAAUAUGUCCACACAAAGUCAGUUCCUUGCCAGAAGGGCAAGAACGAGGAGCCUAAUGGUGCUAAACUGCCUAUCCUUCGUCACCAGGAUCAGGAUCUCUACUACCGAGAGCACGGCGAUCACAUCGGUAUUGGAUUCUACGGCCAUCGCCCAAUGCCUGUUGUUGCAGCCUCGCUUGGCGAGACACCCAAGAACGUCGAUUCUAAGAAUAUGCCAUCCAGCCUCCAGUUCACACCCAAGGACUUCGCGCCAGGCUGGGAGUUGUCGAAGGAGAUCCUUCCUGCUCUCCGAGAAACCGAGAUCGACCACGGUUUCAACGGUAUCAUGUCUUUCACUCCCGACGGUGGCCCUCUCGUCGGCCAGGCCCCCAACUUUGACAACUUCUACGUCGCUGAAGCUGUCUGGGUGACACAAUCCGCCGGUGUUGGCAAGGCACUAGCUGAACUUCUCACAACAGGCCGCUCAGAGAUUGACCUCUCCGAGUGUGACAUCUCCCGCUUUGAGCAAGUUCAACUUUCACCCGCCUACGUCGCCGAAACAACAUCACAGCAAUUCGUCGAAGUCUACGACAUUCUUCACCCUCUUCAGCCCAAGGAGUCGCCCCGCAACCUCCGUGUCAGCCCCUUCCACCAGCGCCAGCAAGAGCUCGGUGCUUAUUUCCUCGAGGCUGGUGGUUGGGAACGCCCUCAUCACUUUGCAGCCAACGAGAAGCUUCUCAAGGACUUGCCUGAGGCUUGGAAGCCUGUUGAGAGAGAUGCUUGGUCGUCUCGAUACUACUCUGCUGUCUCGGCAGCUGAGGCUUGGAAGACGAGGACUGCUGUUGCUUUGUAUGAUCAGACUCCUAUCCGAAGACUGGAGAUCACUGGUCCUGGUGCUGCUGAGUUGUUGCAGCGAUUGACGACUGGUAACGUUGCUGGAAAGGUUGGCAAGGUGACAUUCACCCUGCUCUUGGAUACCCAUGGUGGUAUCAAGAGUGACAUCUUCGUCGCUAGGCUCGGAGAGGAUCUCUUCCAUCUCGGUGUCAACGGCCCUGUCGAUUUGCACUACUUUACCCGCGAGGCAAAGGUCCAGACUAAGGCCAGCCCUCACCGAGCAGUCCAAGUCCGCGACAUCACCGGUGGUCUCGCCGCCGUCGGCGUCUGGGGUCCUCGUUCCAAGGAUCUCAUCAAGCUUGUCAGCAAGGACGACUUCUCAGACCGGGCCUUGCCUUACCUUAGCGUCAAGAAGGCUGAGAUCUCUGGCAUUCCCGUCAUCGCUACCAACUUCUCAUACAUUGGUGAGGAGGGCUGGGAGAUCUAUACAACCGCUGAUAACGGUCUGCGGCUUUGGGACGCUCUCUGGCAGGGUGGUAAGCCUUACGGAGUCAUUGCUGCUGGUCGAAGCACCUUCAACGCUCUCCGUAUUGAGAAGGGCUUCAGAUCCUGGGGUACUGACAUGACCUCCGAGUACGAUCCCUACGAGGCUGGACUUGAGUUCGCUCUUCAGCCUGGGAAGGAUGGCUAUGUCGGCUACAACGCUCUCAAGGGUCGUUCCAGCGAGAAGGUAUCCCGUCGCAUCCGCGGCCUCACCAUUGACGAUGGUCGCUCCGUCGUUCUCGGCAAGGAACCAGUGUUCGUCAAGGGCCGCGCAGCCGGCUACGUGACAAGCGCAGCAUUCGGCUACAGCAUCCGCAAGCCCAUCGCCUACGCAUACCUACCCAAGGAGGUCCUCGAGGGCGACAAGGUAGAGAUUGAGUACUUCGGCAAGCGCAUCAAGGCUACCGUUACAUCUCUGCCAUUCUACCGGCCCGAGAAGAGCGCAUAUGGCCAGACCUCACAGGCCAGCUUCUCUGCUCGAGAUAAUAUGACUGCAAUGCGAGCUUUCGUGACGGACGGCAAAGGGAGCGGGUCUGUACAGCUGUCUCCGCGUCCAAGCCCCCAAGAAGGAGAAAUUCUUGUCAAGAUUCACUACUCGGCUCUGAACCCUGGAGAUUGGAAACUCGUCGAAGGCGAUGUGUUGGAUGGACCAGCACAGCCGGGUCUCAUAGCAGGCUGUGACUUCGCCGGCACGGUCGAAGACCCCAAUGGCUCUGACUGGAAGAAAGGCCAAAGAGUUGGCGGCUGGGUUCAUGGCGCAACCUUCAAAGGCAUUGGGUCUUUUGCGGAGUAUAUGAGCAUCGAGGCAUCGCUAGUCUUUGCUGUGCCCGACAACAUCAGCUUGCAGCAGGCAUCAACUAUCUCACUCGCUUUUGCAACCGCCACGCAGGCUAUGUAUCAGCACAUGUCGCUGCCUGAGCCCUACCAGCCAAACGACGGCCGAGUGGAUUUUCUGGUGUAUGGCGCUUCUACGAGUGUUGGACUCUACGCUGUUCAGCUUGGCAAGCUCAGUGGUAUUCGUGUCAUUGCAGUGGCUUCUUCAAAGAACCAUGACCUUCUCAAACGGCUCGGUGCAGAAGUCACCCUCGACUAUCACGAUGAAGACUGGGUUGAGCGUGUGAAGGACGUUACCGAAGGCAAAUUGAGAUACGCGCUCGAUAAUAUUGCGGAUGCAGGUUCCCCAGAGAAAGUGGCCAGCUGCCUGGCUCACAGCGAAGGAUCUCAGCUGAUCGCUCUAUCGCCACUCGACAAAGAGUCUAUUCACAAUGUAAAUCCAUGUGUCAAAGCCGAGUCUAUGCUCGCUUUUACUGUCUUUGGCAAGGCAUUGGGUGAGGAAUACACCGUGUUCGACAACACAGGUCCCGAGACACCAGACGAGAAACGUGCUUGGGAGAAGUACCUACGACUUGUAACCAAGAUGCUUGAGCGUGGUGAUCUUGAGGCAAACCCUGUGAGGGAAGUUGGAACUCUGGAUGACGUUACUGAAGCGUUUCGGCUGAGCAGAGAAGGCAAGCUGUCGGCUGAAAAAGCCGUGCUGAUGGUUAUCACAGAUCACUAAAGUAUGGAUAGAGGUUUCAAUGAGCACCAAAUGACAAUGCAGUCAAUGCGCUCAGAUAAACAUUGUGACUAACCUGUUGAUGACUGCACAUGGCAACGUAAAUAUCCAAUCAUGCUUGAUCAAUGUCGAUUCCGCGGCCGCGGAACACUCACAUACGGGUUGUUUGUGCUAUAGCAAAUAGGAGCUUAUCGGAGAGGCGAUAAGGCGAUAUCUGUUGGUGCUCUAUUUGGGUUUUGACAGUUGAAUCACGUACGUCAUUCCGUGGAAUCUUGUUUGGCCGUUUUGAAGCGUGGACGCGAUGGCAUGGAAUGGGUUGCAACUAAUGCAAGCCAAAAACAAACAAGGCUUGUCUGUUGCGUCAUACUACCGUUUGAUGGAGCUUGUUUAAACAAAUCCUUAUCGUCGUUUAGAUUCGAUGUGCGACGAAUUCUGCUGAUCGUUUUGAUGAUGAAGAUC